GAUAAUCUAACACGUCCGAGGGAUUUUCAAAAAAUGUUCUCUGUUGUGAAACCUCACUGAUAAAAAUUAACACACACACCAGUGAUCACACAUGUUCCGUAAACAGACUUGGUACCAGUAGCUCGCUAGUAACAGGCGGUGAUAAGGUGUCUGCAUAUCUACUGCAAAGGAGUUCUUUUCUUUUUAGGAUAAUCCCCGCCAUUCGUUCCAGAAAGACAAGAAUGUCUGCAAACGAGAGGAAAACCUACGACUUAGUGGUGGUGGGCGCGGGGAUGAUGGGCUCAGCUGCCGCUCGCCAUGCGUCGCUCAUUCCCGCCACUUCCGUGUGUCUCGUCGGACCCGAGGAGCCCAAGGAGCGCGAGGGCCGAGAGAUCUUCGGCUGCUGGUACGACGAAGGGCGAGUUUACCGCCGCGUCGCCGAACUCCACACCUGGUCCGUCCUCGCCACAGAGUCCGUGGCCAGGUACUCGCAGUUGGAGGCGGAGACGGGUAUCAAAUUCCACACCGAGGUUGGCUACCUGCACGCGACGCCAGACACUCAAGAGUUCGAUGAUUUGAUGACAGUAUCCCGCCGCCAUGACCUAGAGGCGGAGGACAUCACGACUUCUUGGAAGACGAGAUUUCCUUAUCUCAACUUUGGCGAUGAUUGUAGAGUCUUUUGGGAGAAAAAUGCGGGCCACCUGAGUCCGCGUGACCUCGUUCGAGCCCAGCAAACAGCCGCCAGUCAGCACGGGGCAGACAUCAUAAGGGAUGUUGUGAUUGAAAUCAUACCGAGCGAUGCUGACACACACAACGUGGGCGGCUCUUCUGCCCUGCGCCCACUUUUCCGGCACGUGGCCCCGGGGCGGCUGCCGAACCUGCAGUUGAGGACACAGACCGUGGCCUUUCUGAAUGUUGCAGAGGAAGAAGCUCAACGACUGAGGGACCUUCCCACUUUCUUCACCAAUAAGAGUUUCGAAGACAUGGACGGUGGCUACGUUCUUCCGCCUAUUAAAUACCCCGAAGGUAAUUGGUACCUGAAGAUGGGCCACAACCGCCGACAUGAAGACGACCUGAAUGCAAAUGAGGUGAUGGAGUGGUACAUACACCGAAGGGGAAACAGCGAGUGUAUACAGAAGUUAGGGAGAUUCAUGCAACAUCUUAUGCCGGACGUGAAAAGCCAAGGGCUCUCUGGCGACGGCUGCCUCACCUCCCACACGCCCAACCAAGAACCCUACAUCGACGUAAUCGCAGAAGGCUUCGGGGUGGCCCUUGGAGGCAACCGGUGGGCGGCGAAAUCCAGCGACGAGAUCGGACGUCUGGCAGCGCGGCUCGUGGUCCUCGGCGAGUGGCGCUCCGAGAUUCCGAAAGAGCGAGUUCGAGUCUCAUGGAAAGCUCGGUCGCAUUUGUGAUUUUGAAGGGAGUUUUGUU